AUGCGGCCCUUGUCUCAUCUUUCUUUUUGCAGCGGGCUCCUGCUCGGCCUGUCCGCCCUCUCGGCUGCGACCCCAGUAGUCCAUGAGAGGCGUGAAGUAACAUCAUCGAACUGGGUCAAGCGGGCGCGUGUGAGCCCAUCUGACACACAUGUGGUCCGCAUUGGCUUAGCCCAGAGUAGCCUCAAAGAGGCUCACGACCUGCUCAUGGAUGUCUCCAACCCAAGCUCUCCCAACUAUGCCAAGUUCUACUCGGCAGAUGAAGUCGCUGCCAAGUUUGCGCCGUCGACAGAAACAGUCAACGAGGUCCAGAACUGGCUCACUGAAAAGGGAAUCAAUGCCAGCCGCAUCGCUCAAACCAAGAACCACGGCUGGCUUGUAUUCCACGCAACGUCCAAGGAGAUCGAGGACUUGUUUGACACCACUUACUAUGAGUACCACAAUAAGAAAACUGGAAAGAAAGCAAUUGCCUGCGAACAGUACCAUGUCCCAGAUUCAGUGCAAAAGCACAUCGACUAUGUGCAUCCUGGAGUCAAUCUGAGCCCAUCCUCGGGAAAAGCCUCUAGUAUCCGGAGAAGGGGCUCGGCCAGCAGAAAGACGAAGCUUGGAGGACGCCCUAUUCACCAAGGCGAUCUCACAGGCCUCAAUGUCACUAACUGCGAUCAUUCAAUCACGCCAGACUGCAUUCGGGCAUUGUAUAAGAUUCCCUCAGCGCGUGCGGCGCCUCACCCAAAUAACUCUUUGGGCAUCUUCGAGGAAGGGGACUACUAUGCCCAGGAGGACCUGGACCUGUUCUUCAAGACAUUUGCCAAAAAUAUUCCUGGAGGCACACACCCAAUCCCCGCCUUCAUCGACGGCGCGGAGGCUCCGGUCCCCGUCGGGCAGGCCGGUGGGGAGUCUGAUCUCGACUUUGAGCUGGCGUAUCCAAUCGUGCAUCCCCAAAGUAUCACAUUGUACCAGACCGAUGAUGCAAACUGGGCUAGUAAUACCACCGGGUUCCUCAAUACUUUCUUGGACGCACUUGAUGGCUCCUACUGCACCUAUUGUGCGUAUGGUGAAUGUGGCAAUGACCCAUCGCUGGAUCCAAUUUACCCUGAUGCCGGUGGCUACGAUGGACAGCUCAUGUGUGGCGUGUUCAAGCCUACUAAUGUCAUUAGUGUCUCGUACGGCGAACAGGAGAAUGACCUUCCCGCAAAGUAUCAGCAGAGGCAAUGCACGGAGUUUCUGAAGCUGGGUCUGCAAGGAGUCUCGGUGCUCUUUGCCUCUGGUGAUAGCGGGGUUGCAGGACCUCCAGGAGAUGGGGGCAGUGUGAAUGGCUGCCUGAACAAUGGCACAGUUUUUAGUCCUGCAUUCCCUAACAGCUGCCCUUAUAUCACCAACGUUGGUGCCACCAAGGUCUACCCAGGAUACACCGUUUCCCAGCCCGAGAGUGCCGUGUAUGAUCCGGCUGGCUUGUACAGUUAUGCGUCAGGUGGUGGCUUCAGCAACAUCUAUCCCAUCCCUGACUACCAAGCGGAUGCUGUAGCCACAUACUUCAAGGACCAUAACCCUCCCUAUCCAUACUACGAAGGCGCCGAAAAUCUCGGCAAGAAUGGCGGCCUCUACAAUCGGUUGGGUCGAGGCUAUCCGGAUGUAGCCGCGAAUGGCGACAACAUUGCCGUCUUCAAUGGCGGCGAGUUCGGUUUGUCGGGUGGAACCAGUGCUAGCACUCCGAUCUUUGCUGCCAUCAUCAAUCGCAUCAUCGACGAGCGUCUUGCUGUCGGCAAGGGUCCGGUCGGGUUUAUCAAUCCGGUCCUCUACAAGAAUCCCUCUGUCCUGAAUGAUAUCACCAAUGGAACUAAUCCCGGAUGUGGGACAGACGGUUUCGCAACUGCGCCUGGAUGGGAUCCUGCCACCGGCCUGGGAACACCUAACUAUCCGAAGAUGUUGAAGUUGUGGCUUGACCUCCCUUAG